UUAAACGGGCCAAAAAAAGGGGCGGAUACCAAUUACCAAAACCCAAUUUCUCUCUUCCUCUCGAUGCUCAUCUUCUUCAAUCUUCACUUCAUCUUCUUCUUCUUCCCAAACCAAGCCUGAAGAUUUUCGUGAAAUCACACAGUUUCUCCCAGGUCUAACUCUUCUCUUUAAACAAUUGCCGAAUUGAUUUUGCUGUGUGUACCAUUAGAACAAACAGGCAAUCCUUAAUUUCCCUCUCAGAUCCUAUGGAUUUGUUUGAUUCUUGUCUCGAAAACGAACAAAUUGAACCAUCAAAACUCGAAAUCCUGGACAAUAAUGAAGAUAUAUUCGGUUCUUCUGUAAAUUUGGAAGAAUCCCACAUCAAAGAAGGCUACGAAGAUGGGUAUAAAGAUGGUCUUAAGUUGGGUAAGCAAGAGGGCUAUGAAGUGGGUUUAAAACAUGGGUUUCAGAAUGGUGAAGAGCUCGGCUUUUACCGUGGUCUUGUUGAUGUUUGGACCUCUGUGAUUCGUGUUGAACCCGGGUUCUUCUCUGCUAGGGUUCAGAAGAGUAUUCAUCAGAUUCAGGAGUUGCUUGACAAGUACCCGUUAAUGGAUCAUGAAGAUGAGAGCAAGGAUGACAUUCUAAAUGAGCUUAGGUUGAAGUUUAAGGCUACUUGUGCGUCUUUAGGUGUUAAAUUGGAAUAUAAGGGAUACCCUAAAAUGUCUGAUGCUCAUGAUUAUGGGAUGCUUGAAAUGACAUAUGAUGAUAAAGAUAUUAUGUAUGUUGAGCUUGUGAUGCUAAAAAUAAUGCUUGCUUGUUGCAAGCUCUACAUAUCAGAAAGUCGCAACACAGCUGCCCUUGAUUCUAUCGAACGAGCAGCCAAGAUUUUUCAUGAUACUAAAAUUAUCAACAAGUUUAAAGAUGAAACUUAUAACAGAGUUGGCUAUACCCUUGUCUCUAAGCUAUCUCCAAAGUUGUCUUCAGAUGUUUUCCCUCUAAAAGAUGCUGCUUUUGCAAUGGUCAGUUCUGCUUUGAAGGCAGUUGACUAUAAUAUGCAUAGUGGAAGCCAUCCUCGUCUUGGAGUUGUUGAUCACAUCUGUUUUCACCCAUUAGCAAGUAUUUCUUUGGAGCAAACCGCAAAUAUUGCAAGGUUCUUGGCGACAGAUAUUGGCACCAAGCUUGAAGUUCCUUCCUUUCUAUAUGGAGCAGCGCAUGAAAAAGGACGGACUCUUGAUUCAGUAAGAAGAGAGCUUGGCUACUUUAAGCCUAACACUCAGGGAAACAUUUGGGCGGGCGGGCCGGAUUCAGAGACUCUACCUUUGCAUCCAGAUGAAGGGCCAAGUCAAGUUGACCCAUCUAAGGGUGUUGUUGUGAUAGGGAGUACAAGAUGGGUGGACAACUACAACGUCCCAAUCUUUUCAACAGAUCUUUCAGCUGUCCGUAAAAUUUCCAAACUUGUUAGCGAAAGAGGAGGGGGACUUCCAUCAGUGCAAGCUAUGGCACUUACUCAUGGAGAGGGAGUCAUUGAGGUUGCUUGCAAUUUGCUGGAACCGAGCAAAGUUGGAGGAGAUCAAGUUCAGGCUGAAGUUGAGCGGCUUGCACGGGAAGCAGGUAUGGUUGCAGGAAAGGGUUACUUCACUGAUUUUUCACAAGAACAAAUCAUCAACGCUUUCUUGGAGUCUGGAGAUACAUCUGUUGACCAUUACUCUACUAACUUGUGAGUAGAAUUAUUAUCCCUGUAUUAAGCUCAUAUUCAUGAAUUCUAGAUAAAUUUGAUGGUGCUAUUUUAUGUGUUAGCAUCGUAUAUUCAUAUUAUUGAGAAAUAAAGUAUCUUCUGCA